AUGAAGUUAGUUACAUUGACUGCAGUCACUUUGUCUACUGCAACAUUUGUAUUAGGUAAAAACGAAAAUGCUGAACAUGAAGUUGAUUCCUUAAAGAAAGAAGAAUUGAUGAAUGGUCAUGUCGAACCUCCUUUGAAAAAUCGUAAGUUUGACAAGUAUCAUCAUUCAGAUGAUGAAGAGUCUGAUAGUGAUUCGGACUACGAUUCGGACUACGAUUCAGAAUACGAUUCGGACUAUGAACGUGAACCUCCUCAUCAUGGUCCUCCUCAUCAUGGUCCUCCUCAUCAUGGUCCUCCUCAUCACCGUCCUCCUCAUCAUAGACCAGAUGAACCACCAAUUGAUGGUGAUGAAAAGGAUGAUGGACAUAUAUCUAAGCACCACAAGUCUGAGCAUCAAGAUGCUGAUGGAGAUAGUGAUGAUGAGCGUCACAGUAGACAUCGCAAAUCAGAAGAAGAAGGUGAAGAUGAUGAAAGGGAUGUAGAACGUCAUGGUAAAUAUCACAAGGCUAAACAUCUGAAUGAAGAAGAGGAUGAUGAAAAGGAUAAUAAAUUACAUGGUAAACAUCAUUCAAAGGAUGGUAAUCAUGAAGACUACGAUUGUGCAGGUCGUCGUCAUGGCAAGAAGAUGCAUCAUGGUAAGAAAUCUAAAGGGGAUGAUUCUCACAGAGAAUCUGACAGAGAAAAGAAAUCAUCUCGUCGUAAAGAAAAAUCCAAUAAAGAUCAAGAGGUUUUGGAAGAAAACCCAAAUCUAAGUAAAGAUAUCCUAGAGGGCAAUGAAAACCUUGCCUCUAUUUACUUUGAAAUCAUCCAAUCUUUGUUCGGUAAGAAGAAUGUUGAGCAUUCUAAACGCCAUGUCUUGAAUGAUGAUUACUCUAAUGGUGCUAAUGCUAUAAUGAACCCUAAUAAAUAUGUCGUUGGUGGUGUUGCUGCUUCUGUUGCUGCAAUGAUGCUACUUUAG